AUGGCGUUGGAAAAGACAUCCUCUCCCUGUCACCAAGGUUUGACGCCUCCGGAUAGCCCAACGAAGGGGUUGGAUACGCCUCAAGCUACCUUGAAGGAUUUGAAUCACCUCUCUGAUGUACUUAGAAGGGUGCUACACUCUCUCACCUACCAUGAGCCUCCAAAUACCCCAGUUUCCCAGGACUAUUCUCAGCCAGGGCCCGACAUGGUUCAGCUCAACCAGUUGCUGGUGAAGCUCGUCCACGAUGCUUCAGUGAGAUCCAUUUUGGCAACUGAUACCAGCAAUAGGCAGCAAGGCGACGUUCAGGCAACAGAUAAGGUUGAUCUUAAUCAACUGAUUUGUACUACACCGGGUGAUUUCAAGUUGUUUGAAAAGUGGGCAUCAACACCGCAAUUCAAAACAGUUAUGGAAACUUGGGACAAAGAGGCAUGUAAAUACAAGAUAUGUGAGCCGAUGGAGACCAGCAGUGGCCCAGAUGACUAUGCUGAAUAUGCAUUCGUCGUUCGUGAACGUGUUGAACGGAAUUCCGAGAAAGUGACUCCAUACAUUGAUAUCAAAUCAGAAGGCCUGCGUGACAUCCUGCGUGGAGAGCUGGACGGCAUCAGAGCCGUUAGUCUGAUGGAAGACAAGCCAUCGAUCGAGCAAGAUGUGCUUUUUCAUUUCCUCCCAGGGCUUGACAGAUGCGCUUAUGUCAAGAAUCACAAUCCGGACUGCGGUCCUGCCUAUGUUGAGCAUCUCCGCUUGCUCAUCGGCCACCUCAAGAACGUCCAUGCUUCUACCUCCCAACGUCUUGGUUCAAUGUUGCGGCACGGAGAAAUUACCUAUGACCUUCUAUGGGCUCUUUUUAAGCCAGGGUCUCAUGUUUUCACCACGUGCUUCGGUACGAAUGAGCCUCGAUGUGUCGUAUUCGAUGCGGGAGAAGAGAUGACUCAAGAAAACAUGACCUGGUAUAACCUCGAGUGCCGAUUUCUUGACUGUAACGGGGAGGUCUUUGGAGAAGCUGGCGUGUUUCUGCGUGUGGCAAAAUUCAAGGGAUCGAAGCCAAUUGAGUCUCUGGAAGCCUUCCCUCUCCACCACCAUCCUCGUUACGAACAAGUCAGGAGAGAAUUGAUUGAAAGAGGACAGAAGUUCCAUGGCCUAGUAGGGUCGCACAUUCAGCAUUGUAGCGGGAGUGCAUUCUUCAUGAACAAUGGAAAACCAAUCAAGGUUAAUAUUGACAGUCGAGUGGGUAUUGACGCCGCAUUUUUCCAUGCAAUGCAACCAAAUUACUCCCGGCCCACACUCCGUGAGAUCUGGGCACAGAAUAAAGAUGGUAUUUCGGUCAUUAGCAUGGACACACUGUUCAGCAGGGACCGUGAGCGAGAGAAAGAGAGAAUGCAAGAGAGUUGCAUGGAAGUACAAGAAUUGAGGGAUGUCGAUUUCUUGAUCGCUUGUCCCACAGUGCCCUGCUUCAGCUUCAAGGAGAAAAUGUUCCUGGAAUGUGCGGUUGGUGCUCUUAAGGAUGUCCACUGGUCUCCUAAGUCAUUUGACUGUCUGAGGAUUCCGCCCAAAACGAAGAACCUCCUCACGUCCUUGGCGAAGACCCGUUUAGAUAUAGUACAAGUUGUGCCAUUUGACGAUGUGAUCGAUGGAAAGGGUCGCGGACUCAAUAUCCUUUUGCAUGGUCCACCGGGAGUCGGAAAGACCUUCACCAUCGAGGCAACUGCAGAGCAUUUCAAUCUGCCUCUUUACUCCAUAUCGGCCGGUGAGCUUGUUGUCGACCACGGCGAUUCCAACGCACUUGAGCAACAACUUGAAACUAUUUUCAAGAUUGCCAAGCACUUCAAGGCCGUACUUCUAUUAGAUGAGGCGGAUGCGUUCAUGGAACAACGUACAUCUUACCACGACACUCACAAUCGCCUCGUGACCAUUUUCCUCCGGAAACUAGAAUACUACCAGGGCAUCCUUUUCCUGACAACGAAUCGAAUGAUCCAGUUUGACGAGGCGAUCAUAAGCCGAAUCCAUCUGACCAUCAAAUACGACGGCCUGACAAGAGAUUUCCGCCGAGAGAUCUGGAAAAAUCUAUUAUCCAAAGCACGCACAGCUCAAGGACCUGCCAUGGUUAAAGACGAUGAGUUAAAACAGCUAGACGGUCUUUCUUUGAAUGGGCGAGAGAUCAAGAACUUGACCUCUAUUGCGCACGCUCUUGCCACUGUGGAUGGAGAGCCAGUGAGCUACAAACAUCUAGAAAGAGCGGCGGAAUCGAGUGAAAAGCUCUUGGAGAAGUUUAACCAAGACAGUCGAGUUGGGCAAAUGUAUACCUAG